CACGACAUUUCGCGCAAGUGUUAUUCUGUAAGCUUGAUCGAUGAAACUGUCAGCGAGUUGUAGAACAGGAAGAAAUUUCUUGAAAUUUUAGGACGAUUUACSCAGAAGCUAAAGACGCCAUAAUGGCGGUGGGGAAAGGAUUCUUCGACCAAUACUCUGUUUUUUGUGUGUUUGGUUCUGUUGUUGGCUGUGUGGUGGUCCCGCUUAUAACUCAGUCCGUAGAGAGUGUUAUUUUCUCGGCAAUUGUUAUUAGUCUCACUGCCACACACUUGACCAAACGAGCUACAAAGUCGGACAACUCGAACCAGUUUUAUGGCGGUAAGGAAAUCGAUAGACGAAGCACUAGGAAAGCGAAAGAACGAGACGGCAAAGGAGAAAACAAAAAGAAAAAGAACSCAUCAUCUCAGCAUACAUCAAUCACAAGGUCAACUGACUUCCGUAAGAGACGUGAGUAUGAACUUGAAAGACUGGAACAGGCUAGACAACAAGAACUGGAUCGCAAACUUGAAGAAAAAAAGGAAAGAAAAGUGAAAAAGAAGGAAGAAAGAAUGAAGAAAAAAGAACUAGAAAAGGAAGAAAAAGAGAGAGAAGAUCAAAGACUAAGAAAAUUAAAGGAAGAAAGAUUAAAAGAAAACAUAAGACAGCAAGAAAAGGCUGCAUCUCAUAAACAAGAUACGCUUARACCAAGAUCUAGUACUCCAAAACCUUCUAAAAAAACUGAACAUUUGUUACAUAAAACACCAUUUCAACCAAACGUCCCUACGAUUAUGUCAGUGACSGCUUUAACACGAGAAAGAGCUUCCUCGGAGAGUACCGAUACUAGCCCAAGCCCACCCCCUUCAGUAUGGAAAGUACCCGAAUACGUUGAACCCAAAUGGAAUCCUGGGGAMUCCCAUAAGGAUAUGAACACUACGAAGUUAAACAAUGACGUUGUAUUUAAGAAAUCCAAGGUAACAGCGCCGUUUAACCAACUCUACAACCCWGUUCACAGUGACCAGUCGUUUUGUAARAAUCAAUACAUGAAUCAAGAGAAAUGUUUACCGGAGCUGGCUACCGAACACUCGUACGCGUUACUUAAAGAUAUAGAUAAACCAGAUAACAGGCAACAGGGAGACUACUACUCGAGUUUCUCUGGUUUACCGAAUAUCUUGUCGCAGAUGAAACAAGUUCAUAGCGAAGAGCAACAAGCCAAGUCAUACUCGCUAUUUGGAAGUGAUCAACCGAAUAGUUCAGUAUUUAGGUCGCCUUUGACAGGACUUUAAAAGCAAGUUCUAUCCCAUGAUAUGUCUAUAAGCAUAGUUUUGUUUAAAUGUUGAAUUAACUCCAAGUAAUAAUAAAAAGUUAUGGGUUUUGUUUUCCAAAACAUAUUGAAAAAGAAAUAAAGUCUUAACAAGCAUUCAA